UCUUUUUCUUUCUAUAAAUUCCUCUCUUCCAACGCAACAAACAAGCGCACCACCAUUCUCUCUCUGGGAAAUUAAAAAAAGAAAGAAAGCAGGGAAAUGCUUAAUCUAUGGAAUCUUCUCUUCCUCUCCUUUGUUCAUUUCUCAUCAUUCAGUGUUACUUUGGGUGGGGUGUCGGGAAACCCAUUUACUCCAAAAUCCUCCUUCAUUCGUUAUUGGAACAAAGAGGUCCACAAGGAAAUACCCAACACCCAUUUUUUACUCUCUAAAGUUUCACCAUUAACUGCCGUCGACUCCGCCAGUUUCUCGAAACUCGCCGCCCACAACAACCUCGCUUCUCGUCUUCCUUCCUUUUGUUCCUCCGCUAAACUCUUUUGCUUCCCCGACUUAUCGUCCAGUCUCGAGAAACAUUCCAAAGACGUUAACUUCGCCUUCUACCUCGACAGGAACUUCACUAAUUACGGCUCCGAUCGACUCGCUGGACUCGACUCCUUCAAGAACUACUCUGAAAACGACAACGUUGUCGUUGACUCUUUUCGUCGCUACAGCCGGGACUCCGCGGGUCACAAGGACCAAUUCUCCAAUUACGCCAGUGCAUCAAAUGUCGUCGACCAGAGCUUCAACACCUACGGCGGAGCCGCCACUGGUGGUUCCGGGAACUUCAACAACUACAACCAUGAAGUCAACGUCCCUAACCUCCGAUUCACUUCGUAUUCGGAUGAUUCUAACGGGCAUGGGCAGACAUUCACGCACUACACAGAGGAGACCAACGCCGGGCAGCAGUCAUUUUCAAAUUACGGCAAAAACGGUAAUGGCGUCCCUAACGACUUUACAAGUUACGGUAAAGAUUCGAAUGUGAUGGGGUCGGACUUUUCUGGCUAUGGAAAAACGGCGAAUGGAGCUAAAGAUACUUUCACUUCGUAUGCAUUCGAUUCCAAUAAUCCUGUAAAUGGUUUCAAGAGUUAUGGAGACGGUGGCAAUGCGGCUGUUGACAGUUUCUCAAGUUACCGGGACCAAUCCAAUGUGGGUGACAGCUCUUUCCAAUCUUAUGCCAAAAGUUCUAACGGAGCGAAAGUUGAUUUCGACAACUAUGGCCAAUCUUUCAACGAAGGAACCGAAAAAUUCACUGGAUAUGGGCAAGGAGCCGAUGGGCAGUCCAUAGGAUUCAAGAUCUAUGGAAGAAACACCACUUUCAAGGAUUAUACAAAGAAGGGUGUCACUUUCAGUAGAUACAGCAAUGAGAGUUCAACAGCUUCAGGUAAAGUUGUGGUAAGUAAGUGGGUGGAGCCGGGUAAGUUCUUCCGGGAAAAGAUGUUGAAGCGAGGAAAGGUGAUUCCAAUGCCGGACAUUAAGGAUAAGAUGCCGGCGAGGUCGUUUUUGCCACGGACUAUCCUUUCCAAAAUACCCUUUUCGUCUUCCGAGAUUGACCAACUGAAAUGGAUAUUCCACGCAGGGGACAACUCCACACUGGGGACCAUAAUGCUGGAUGCUUUAAAAGAGUGCGAGCGACCGCCGAGCCCGGGCGAGACGAAGCGCUGCGUGGGCUCGGCCGAGGACAUGGUCGACUUCGCCACCUCUGUUCUGGGGCGGAACGUGGAGGUUCGUACCACCCAAAACGUUAAUGGGUCAAAGAAGAAUAUAAUGAUAGGAAGUGUUGGAAAAAUCAAUGGUGGGAAAGUGACUAAAUCUGUUUCGUGUCACCAGAGUUUGUACCCGUAUUUACUUUACUAUUGCCACUCGGUUCCCAAGGUCCGGGUCUAUGAAGCUGAUAUUCUGGAUCCAAAUUCAAUGGAGAAGAUUAACCAUGGUGUUGCCAUCUGUCAUUUGGACACAUCUAGUUGGAGUUCGGGUCAUGGAGCUUUCUUGGCUUUAGGUUCGGGUCCGGGUCGAAUAGAAGUUUGUCAUUGGAUAUUUGAGAAUGAUAUGACAUGGACAAUAGCCGAUUCCUGAUAAGCAAGAAGGGGGUUUUAUGGUUCUAGUUCAAGUUUGGGAGGGCAAAUUCCUAUAAGGAUUUCGCUACCUUCUUAAGAUUAUCAUAUAUAAUAUUAUUGAAAAUGAAGAAUAAAGUUGUUAACUCUACACUUAAAAAAAGAAAAAGUAAAGUAAAAAAUAUCAUUAAAUUAUUGUUA